UUUCAAGUACAGAGAAGAAGUCUUUUUUGUGUUCUUCGUGAAUGAAGAGGCAGGGUAACAAUAAUGUGAAAUUAGAUGGAAGCAGAAGGCUGCAUGUAUACAAGCAGUCCGCAUCUUGUCUGUUCCAGAAUGUGUGCAGAGGAGCCAGUGCUGCCUCAUAAGGAGCCAUCUACCUGUGCGGACUGAACAGUUCUGGUUCCCUGCAUCUGACGCUUUGAUUAAAAUCAUGACGAAACAAGCUGUGAUCCUUCUUACAGGUGGUUUUUAAAGUGCCCUAACACAAGGAAAAGUAAAUAGGAUUUCUGAGAAAAGAAGCAAAACAAAAUGAAAUGAAAUGUGUCUCCUUAAGCAACAGCGAGCCUGUUGGGAGGUGCCGUUGGCACUGGCAGCGGGCUGCACGAUUGCUGCAAGGAUCCGGCUUUUUGUUGACUGUUUGAAAAUGGGUAGAAUGAAGCUGACAGCCAGGUGUGGCCAGUGUGGUUGCUGCUCUUUUGGAGCCUCCGAUCUGGGUUGGCUGUGGGUGAGAGAAAGGCAGCCCUCACCUGCCAAUUUGUUGAUUUGACUGCCUUCCUCUCUCAGUGGUUGGUAUGUAGACCCUGGCUCUAAGCUUUGCUAAUCAGUUCCCCCAUAGCCACUUGCCCAGCCCUGUGUGCCCUUCAGGGCUUGCUGUAAUGGCUUGGGUAAGGUAGAGCCCACUUGGUUAGCCCUUGUAUCUGAGCAGCUGCUGGCCUGGUUGUGGAAAGAGUGAGGCAAGGGUUUUUGUUUGUUUGUUUUUAAAUAAAGUCUGAUGGUUUUUCAAGCGAAAUGAAGAAAAAAGGGCCCUGGGAAAAGUCAGCUCUGUCAGAGAGGAGAGAAAUUUCAUCUCAUUGCCAGGCCAGGCCAGAAGAAUUCAGAAAGGUUUCACAGAGGAGAUUCCUUUUUGACAGUGCCUGAAGGACAGGUUCAAAUGGGGGUUGGCCACUCUGCAGAGGUAAAGGCCUGAGGGAGAGGAGAUGGAGGUAGAAGGGCAUAGGGCUGAGCCCAAACACUGGGCAUGGGACAGUGAGCCUUGCAUGUCACGGUGUGCAGUGCACACUGCAGACAGCUCUGACUACCUGGGCUGGCACAGUGAGUCCCAUGAGGGACAGACUGAGGAGGAAGCUGAAACGCAUGGCUGUUAACCAACUUUCCAGGAUCACACUGCCGUUGAGCCAAGAUGAGAUCAAGUUCAUCUGAAUCCAGAGUCUCGGCUUCAAAACACGAUGCUGUCCUGCCGGUGCUGGGGAAAGAACAAGCGCUAGCAGCUGAGAGGUGGUGCUGGCUAGAGUGCAUGCUUUUGGGCUCAACCUUGACUUUUCAAAUGUGGAAGUCUAGGCUUUCAAUGGUUUUGGGAAGAAGUUGACUGGCUGGCGAGGAGAUUACAAAGCAUGAGCAUCGCUUUGAGGUGAUCGACACAUCCAGCAGUCCCUCAGUCCUCACAUGCUGGAUUGGAGGUUUAACAACUGUGACUUCAGAUGAGGAAACUCGGGCCCAGAGGCCGGGAGUGACAGCUCCAGGUGGAUCACCCAGAGCCAGGACCCCUGACUGUCACCAGGGCCUGACCUCCUCACCUAGUUUUGAAGUUGGAGUCCCUUGCAAGAGCCUCCCAUGGCGGACCAGAGGAUGGACAUUUCUUCCACCAUCAGUGACUUCAUGUCCCCCGGCCCCCCGGACCUGCUAUCCAGCUCCCUCAGCUCUGGAGGCAUGGACUGCAAUCGCAAGCGCAAAGGAAGCUCUACUGACUACCAAGAAAGCAUGGACACAGACAAAGAUGACCCCCAUGGAAGGUUAGAAUACACAGAGCACCAAGGCAGGAUCAAAAAUGCAAGGGAAGCUCACAGUCAGAUUGAAAAGAGGCGCCGGGAUAAAAUGAACAGUUUCAUUGAUGAACUGGCGUCUUUGGUACCAACGUGUAAUGCCAUGUCCAGGAAACUGGACAAGCUGACCGUGCUCAGAAUGGCCGUCCAGCAUAUGAAGACACUGAGAGGUGCCACAAAUCCCUACACAGAAGCAAACUACAAGCCAACAUUUCUGUCAGACGAUGAAUUGAAACACCUCAUUCUCAGGGCAGCAGAUGGAUUUUUAUUUGUCGUAGGAUGUGACCGAGGGAAGAUACUCUUUGUCUCCGAGUCUGUCUUCAAGAUCCUCAACUACAGCCAGAAUGAUCUGAUUGGUCAGAGUUUGUUUGACUACCUGCAUCCUAAAGACAUCGCCAAAGUUAAGGAGCAGCUCUCCUCCUCCGACACCGCGCCCCGGGAGCGGCUCAUAGAUGCAAAAACUGGACUUCCAGUUAAGACAGAUAUAACCCCUGGGCCAUCUCGAUUAUGUUCUGGAGCACGGCGUUCUUUCUUCUGUAGGAUGAAGUGUAACAGGCCUUCGGUAAAGGUUGAAGACAAGGACUUCCCCUCGACCUGCUCUAAGAAAAAAGCAGAUCGAAAGAGCUUCUGCACAAUCCACAGCACAGGGUAUUUGAAAAGCUGGCCACCCACAAAGAUGGGGCUGGACGAAGACAACGAGCCGGACAACGAGGGAUGUAACCUCAGCUGCCUGGUCGCAAUCGGACGGCUGCAUUCUCACAUGGUUCCACAACCAGUGAAUGGGGAAAUCAGGGUCAAGUCCAUGGAAUAUGUUUCUCGGCACGCGAUUGAUGGGAAGUUUGUUUUCGUGGACCAGAGGGCCACAGCUAUUUUGGCGUAUUUACCGCAAGAGCUUCUAGGCACGUCGUGUUACGAGUAUUUUCACCAAGAUGACAUAGGGCACCUCGCAGAGUGUCAUAGGCAAGUCUUACAGACUAGAGAAAAGAUUACAACCAAUUGUUAUAAGUUUAAAAUCAAAGAUGGAUCCUUCAUCACGCUACGAAGUCGAUGGUUCAGUUUCAUGAACCCUUGGACCAAGGAAGUAGAAUAUAUCGUGUCAACCAACACUGUUGUUCUAGCCAACGUCCUGGAAGGCGGGGACCCAAGCUUCCCACAGCUCACGGCAUCCCCGCACAGUAUGGACAGCAUGCUGCCCGCCGGGGAAGGUGGCCCAAAGAGGACCCACCCUGCUGUUCCAGGGAUUCCAGGGGGAACCCGGGCUGGGGCAGGAAAAAUAGGUCGAAUGAUUGCUGAGGAAAUCAUGGAAAUGCACAGGAUACGAGGAUCCUCACCUUCCAGCUGUGGCUCAAGCCCACUGAACAUCACAAGCACGCCUCCCCCUGAUGCCUCCUCCCCGGGAGGCAAGAAGAUUUUAAAUGGAGGGACUCCAGACAUUCCUUCCAGUGGCCUAUUACCAGGACAGGCUCAGGAGAACCCAGGUUACCCAUAUUCUGAUAGUUCUUCUAUUCUUGGUGAAAACCCUCACAUAGGCAUAGACAUGAUCGAUAAUGACCAAGGCUCGAGCAGUCCCAGUAACGAUGAAGCAGCGAUGGCCGUCAUCAUGAGCCUCUUGGAAGCAGAUGCUGGCCUGGGUGGCCCUGUUGACUUCAGCGACUUGCCAUGGCCGCUGUAAACACUACAUGUUGCUUUGGCAACAGCUACAGUAUCAAAGUGCAUUACUGGUGGAGUUUUACAGUCUGUGAAGCUUACUGGAUAAGCAGAGAACAGCUUUUAUGUACUGACUUCAUAAAAGCCAUCUCAGAGCCAUUGAUACAAGUCAAUCUUACUAUGUGUAACUACAGACAAAGUGGAACUAAGCCUGCUCCAGUGUUUCCUCAUCAUUGAUUAUUGGGCUAGCUGUGGAUAGCUUGCAUUAAUUGUAUAUUUUGGAUUUUGUUUGUGUUGAAUUUUUUUAAUCAUUGUGCACAGAAGCAUCAUUGGUAGCUUUUAUAUGCAAAUGGUCAUUUCAGAUGUAUGGUGUUUUUACACUACAAAGAAGUCCCCCAUGUGGAUAUUUCUUAUACUAAUUGUAUCAUAAAGCUGUUUAUUCUUCCUUGUAAGAAUCCUUUACUAUAAAUAUGGGUUAAAGUAUAAUGUAUUAGACAGUUAAAUAUUUUUAAUAAAUGUUUCCCUUGUUCUAUAAACACUGUUCCUGUUUCAAGUACUUAGGAAGAAAUCCUAUAUGCUGCAGGAGCUAGAUCAUCAACUCUUGCUGUGGGUAUUUAAGAGUGAUAAUUUGUGCUAACAUUUUUUGUGUCUUUUUUGCCCUUGACAAUUCAGGGACUUAAACAAUUUCCCAUGCUACAAAUAUAGCUGUAUUGUCAAUAAUACUUCCAAAUUAAUGCAACUUUAUAUGAGAACAAAGAUAUUACUGCCUACAAAUUUUUUUAAUCCUGAAUUUAUAAACUCGAGAUCAGAUAACACACUAGCCGCUCUGCUGUUACCCCCAUCUAAUGCUUCUUGCAGACUGCAUUAAUCAGCUUUUUAUCACUGUAUCAUACUUGACAGAAGCUGCUUAGGAAGGACAGAGCUGUGUUUUGGCUCACAGUUUUGGAGUUCACAGGACAAGAUCAGGCAGGCCCAUCUGGGGAGGCCAGAGGAUGGCAGUGACCGAGCACAUGCAGAGGAAGGCUCACAUACGCUGCAGGAGCACCAAGCUUCUGGUGAGAACUGCCAAAAAGCUGGAUUAGCUCUCUACCCUUUUCACUAACCUCAGGCCUUGGGCUCCAAAGGACUGUGUGAGUCCAGGAGGCCGACCUUGUUCAAAGACAGCGCCACAGCACAGCUGUAUGACUUCAUACAUUAAGUGGCCCAAAUUACUUAAAUAUUCGAUUCUUUCUUGCAUUAUGCCACAGAAUGUUUAAAGUAGAAUUUUCGUGAAUCAAAUGCUCAGGAGAGCAAUCCAGAAUAAUGGAAAAAGCACUGAACAAAAACUUGCUCUGAAACUUCAGUAUUACCAUGUGACUUAGGAAAAUCAUGUCAGCCCGUACAUCAGAGUGAACUA